AUGUUUGACAUAGACCGAAUUUUGAGGCCUGGAGGUUUGUUUUGGUUAGACAACUUUUAUUGCUCCAAUGAGGAAAAGAAAAGGGAUUUAACCAGGUUGAUCGAGCGGUUUGGAUAUAAAAAGCUGAAAUGGGUUGUUGGGGAUAAGGUAGAUGCAGCAGGGUCAGGAAAGUCUGAAGUUUAUUUGUCUGCCGUUCUGCAAAAACCAGUUAGAGCUUUAAGCCAAGAAAAGUAUGAUAAAUUAACCAUCUAG